AUGAUCCUAACAAUUCUCGUUUUGUCUUUCGCCACGAGCGGUAUGCAUCCAUCGCCAGUGAACACAGUGUAUUUAAUGAAGGCGCAGGGAGCAGGGAAUCAAGCCGUCAAAGGUGUGGAUUGGAAGAACGCUAGUACCACAAAUGGAGGUUGCUGUUUCGGGCAGAUAUGUACGAACCCGUGCGUCAUACCGGUUCCGCUGUACCAACCGCAGAUGCCGAUAGUUCUACCGGCGAGGACCGUAUAUGAACCGGUAGAACACGACCAUCCCCCGCUCGGUGAGAUCCGGGAUAUCAUAACGGCCGAUAAGCAACGUUACGCCAGUAGCGAGUCUAGUGACACCAGCGACACAGAAACUGACUACGAUUAUUAUGAAAGUUUUAUUGGAAAAAUAUCUUAA